AUGACCUUUUGUUGCUUUCCAUCCCACUUCGUUGCCUCUUUCCCUCCACGACAGCUCAUCAUGGGAAAGCACACGACCGUUAGAAAAUCCACUGGGGGUAAAGCCCCUCGAGAACAGCUACCUCCGAUCAUCUACUCGGAUGAUGAGGAUGACAAACCCACCACUUUCUUGACGCCGAACGGCUCAAGCAGUGUUUCCAAGGGGCUCACUUCGGGCGAGAAGCCCAAGCUCUUUAAUGACCAUCAAGUUACUAAAACAACAAAGUGA